GAGCGGGCAAACGUGACGCACGAUUCCGCUUCUCCCGUCUCCCGCUUCUCCUCUCGGCUUCCUUCUCUCGUCUCCGCAUCACACGAGGGAGGGGGGGCCCGAUCUGGAAGGUUCUCGAACCUUCUAGAGCCUCUCGCCCUCGGCCGCCACCCCGAUGGGCUCCAAGAGCGUCUCCUUCAAGCUCGUCCUCCUCGGCGACGGGAGAGUAGGGAAAACAUCUCUUGUGCUGCGGUAUGUGAAUGAUGUCUUCUCAGAAAAACAGGAAGCAACGGUUCAAGCUUCUUAUUUGACAAAGCGCCUUGUUGUUGAAGGUGUGACUAUUACGCUCUCUAUCUGGGAUACAGCUGGACAAGAGAAGUUCCAUGCUCUAGGACCUAUAUACUAUCGUGAUGCAGAUGCUGCUCUUUUAGUAUAUGACAUCACAGACAAUGAUACGUUUCUUCGUGUUACAAAGUGGGUGAAAGAGCUUAAGCAAAUGGCAAAUAAAGAUAUUGUUAUGGCCAUCGCAGCUAAUAAAAGUGAUCUGGUCAGAUUGAAAAACAUUGACACUCACGAUGCAGCAAGCUAUGCAGAAAGUAUUGGGGCAACACUCUUUGUUACUUCUGCCAAAGCUGGUACUGGGAUUGACGAUAUCUUCAAUGACAUAGCCAAGAGAUUAUUAGAGAAAAGAAAAAACAACUCCGAUGGCUUGUCACCAGCUCAUCCAAAGAAAGGCAUUUUAAUCAUCGACGAUGAACCUGAGAAAGAACCACCACCAAAGUGCUGCUCAUAGCGUGAUUCCUAUGCAAAUCUUGUGGGCAUAAUGUCACAGAAACCUGCAGUUGAUAUAUGAAGGAUAAAAAUCCUUGCAUUAACUUUGCUAUUGCUUUUCUGGAACUCAGGAGCAAUGGAAGUGUAUACUGGUUGAUCAUUCUUUAGGUCGUGUAAAUACUAAAUUCAGUCCAUGAAAUCAUUGUCAAAUAUUAUUCGAUAACCAUGAACUCACGAUUCAAUAUGCUGAAGAAGUUCAUGACCCUUGUAUAGUAACUCAAACGUUGCUUAUGU